CCGUGUCCCCCCCAGGUUCUGCGGGGAGUGCCUGCAGCCCUGCCUCCAGGUGCCGUCACCGCUCUGCCCGCUCUGCCGCAUGCCGUUCGACCCCAAGAAGGUGGAGAAGGCCUCCAGCGUGGAGAAGCAGCUCUCGUCCUACAAGGCCCCCUGCAGAGGCUGCAGCAAAAAGGUGACCUUAGCCAAAAUGCGCUCUCACGUCUCGUCCUGCGCGAAGGUGCAGGAGCAGAUGGCCAACUGCCCCAAGUUCGUCCCCGUUGUCCCCACAUCCCAGCCUAUCCCCAGCAAUAUUCCCAAUCGCUCCACGUUCGUCUGCCCGUACUGCGGGGCCCGGAACCUGGACCAGCAGGAGCUGGUGAAGCACUGCAUGGAGAACCACCGCAACGACCCCAACAAAGUGGUGUGUCCGGUGUGCUCGGCCAUGCCCUGGGGGGACCCCAGCUACAAGAGCGCCAACUUCCUCCAGCACCUCCUCCACAGGCACAAGUUUUCCUACGACACCUUCGUGGACUACAACAUCGAUGAGGAGGCAGCACUGCAGGCUGCUCUGGCUCUGUCUCUCUCCGAGAACUGAGGGCUGCUGCGGAGAUUCUCUUCGCUUCGGACCCCCCCUCACGCCCUUUUUGCACACUCGACCUUCCCGCCGGGGAGGCACGGAGCUCGUGGCCCCCCCAGACCCACCGCCUCUUCCCUCUUCUCUCCGGGCUGAUCCCAGCUCCGUGAAGAAGGCGGAGACCCCUCGGCGUCACGGUGGAGCGAGCAGAGACGUCGCUGCCGGGAGGAGAGAGGCGUCCGUGCCGAAGGGCUGGGAUCCUUCCUCGGCUCGGAUCCGUCCCCGGAGCGUAUACCUGUCCCCAGAUCUAUUUAUUACCAGAUGCUUUUUGGCACCAUCCGUCUUCGUGCUCUUCGUUGCAGUUUGCUAGGCACGUGAAAAA